UUGAACAAACUUGACGUUUCGUGAUAAAAUAGAGCGAUAAUUACGAGAGAUAAUCUAUCUUUAAUGAAUUUAAUAAAUAUAUGGCGUUGUUUUGUAUUUACACGGUGUUAAAUUGAUGGCGAGAAAUUUUUCGUAUCCAUAUUAUUAGUGUAAAGUGGUGAUAAUGUUGCGAUAUAUACUGGACAAAUUUUGGAAUGAAGAUGUGUGGUUGCCGCCGAACACUACUUGGGAUGAUAUAGCGCCUGGUCCAGACAAAGCAGUGGUUUAUAAUGAUCACAGGCACCUCUUAUAUCCUAUACCCUUGGCCCUGGUAGUUAUCGCUUUUCGCCACGGUUUAGAAAAAUAUUGGUUCGCUCCAUUUGGUAAAUCUUUAGGAAUAAAAAACACAAGGCCGAAGAAAGCACCAAGUAAUCCAAAACUCGAAGCAGCUUAUCAGGAAUGCUCUAAAAUUAAACACAAACAGUUCUUUUUGAGCAGGGAUCAGAUAUGCGCAUUAGCAAAGCAGCUGGACAUGACGGAGCGGCAGGUGGAGCGCUGGUGGCGGCUCCGCCGGAGUCAGGACAAGCCCUCCACGCUCACCAAGUUCUGCGAGAACCUCUGGAGGUGUACAUUCUAUCUGUACAGCUUCUCCUAUGGAAUAUUUAUACUGUGGGACAAAGAAUGGUUGUGGGAUAUUGAUCAGUGUUACAUUGGAUAUCCGCAUCAAGGUCUCACUAGCGACGUUUGGUGGUACUACAUGAUAUCCUCGGCGUUCUACUGGUCGCUGACCAUAUCCCAGUUCUGGGACGUCCGGCGCAAGGACUUCUGGCAGAUGUUCGUGCACCACAUCGCCACCAUCGCGCUGCUCUCGUUCUCGUGGGUCUGCAACUUGCACAGGAUCGGCACGCUCGUGCUGCUGGUUCAUGAUUGUGCUGAUAUAUUCUUGGAGGCGGCGAAAGCAGCGAAAUACGCGAACUAUCAGAAAUUCUGCGAUGCUAUAUUCACAAUAUUCACGGUCCUAUGGAUUAUCACUAGAUUAGGGAUAUAUCCGUUCUACAUUAUAUGGAGUACAUCAAUAAGAGCGCCAAUGCUGCUGCCUAUGUUCGCCGCGUACUACAUAUUCAACUCGCUACUGUGCCUGCUGCUGUGCCUUCACAUGGUCUGGACGUGGCUCAUACUGCAAGUCGCGUAUAAGGCUAUUAAUGCGGGAAAGAUGGAGGGUGACAUCCGCAGUUCUAGCUCCGACGUGAGCGACAGUUCACAUCAAUCCAACCACAGUACCCCUAACAGAUUGAAUAGUAGGAAGGAGAAAUAAUCAACUCCAGAGGCUUCGAAUGCUUGGCAAAGUUUUUUACGUGUUAUACGUAUUUAAAAUAACAAUUAUAUUUCUUUCAAGAGUUGAUCUUGAUCAUGUACUGAGUUACUAUUUUUUUUAUUAUUAGAAUUAUCGAGCGCGGAUACAAAGCUUUUGGGCAGCAUUUGGAAAAAUGUGUUGCCAACUUAAAAAUAUAAUUAUUUACUUUUAUUUUACUUGGUUUAAAUUUUUCUUUUUUUUUUAUUAUAUUUUGUUGUUGUGAGAGGUAACGUACUUGGCAUUUUUUUAAUUGUAAAUGUAAUAUGAACAC